AAUCUGAUAGAAGGUUUUUGGACCCAUCAGAUUUUAAUUCUAUAUUUGGAAACGAUCAAAAUUAUUCACACUGAUAAAAAAUUGAAGCUCUUGUUAAUCGUCUUUAUGGACGAUUAUAUUUUGAUGAUUCCAUUUGAAAAAAUGUAAUAUUUCACAAAAAAAAAUCUAUAUUUAAAGAGACCUUAAUAGGGUGCUUUAAAAAAUAGUUUGGUGUGCUUGCGAGCGCACUCAAGUUACACUUUUUACGAUGGGUAUAUACCAUCUUUGAUAAAUGCAAGCGUAUGUCACUUGAUUUCAAGCUUGACAUACGUUUUAUUAUCAGCAGCGACACCAAGAAACUUGAUAUUUCAAAUGGUGAAUUUGAAAAACAAAGAGCAGCAACCAAAGGUAAAUAUUAUCAUGACAAUGCCAAGGCAGUUUUGACUGACAAGUAUCAUUUGAAUUACCUAGCUAAAACUUUGCCCCAAAUUCCCGUUCGAUCUAUAAAGGCUCUUAAGAUUCCAAUUGUCAUGAUCAUGGGUAUCGACUGUCAUGUAUUUGUCUUAAGCUUAAUUGAUAAAAACGAUUAUCUUUUGGAAAAGAUUAAUGCCAUGCAGUACCCCCGAACAUAUCGCCAACUUUGUGGGGGCUUAAUCGGAAAAUUGCUUGAUGGGUUUUCAAUGAUCGAUGAAAUUAUUGAUAGCACUUCGGCAAUUUAUAACGAUUACUCACGCAAUACCAAUGAUGCCAUUGAUAAAAUAGACAAGCCUAAGACCUCCGAAAAACAAAGUAUCGUCCUUGAGUGGGUAUCAUCGGUGGUCAUAGAUGAAGACGAUUUUAUUUAUGAGGAUAAUGAUGAAGGAGAGACAGAUAAUAGAGAAUCACAAAAUAAUGAAGAAGAAGAUGAAGAAAGUAAUGACUUACAAGUCCUUCACUUUUUUUUAGCCUCUUGUGAAGCUUUGUGUGGUGAAAUUGGUGAAACUCUCGUUGUUAGUGGUGUUGGGGGUGAACCUCUCGGUUUUUUUGUAUCUCUAUGCUUUAUAUCUAUCCCUAUGCCCUUUAUCUACUUUUAUGCCUAUUUUUAUUCUUAUCUCUAUUUUUUAUUUAUACUAUUCCUAUUCCUAUUCUUUCACUUAUAUUAUGCCUAUCCUAUGCCUAUCCUAUGCCCAUCCUAUGCCCAUUCCUUAUGUAGUAAUUGCAGCUAGAACCAGGAAGAGAUUCUAGAAUCCACCUCCAAUUAACAGAAUAAACUUUCCCAUAAAUCAUAUUACAUAAUAA